AUGAGUGAGCCAAUGUCGUCGAACCAGCAGCAAGCCCUCCCAGGUCGCCCAGGAAACCUCGAUCCUGGUCAACAGCAUAAAUUGUCAAAGAUGCGCGACCAGCUAAAGCAGCAUGGCUUCUAUGCACCUGAACGUCACGAUGAUGCCUAUUUGUGUCGAUUUAUGCGUGCUCGUAAAUGGGACUUUGAAGCCGCUAAAAGCAUGCUAUUUGAGUCUGAGACAUGGCGUUGUGAAUUCAAGGUGGAUGAGUUGUAUGAAAACUUUUCCUUUCCUGAAAAAGAAGCCGUCAACGAGCUCUAUCCAAAGUUCUAUCACAAGACGGACAAAGAUGGGCGUCCUCUGUACAUUGAACAGCUUGGUAAACUUGAUUUGAACAAGCUUUUCAAUGUCACCACUCCUGAGCGUCUAAUUCAGGAGCUAGUGUACGAAUACGAGAAGUGUCUCCAUGAACGUCUGCCUGUGUGCUCUGCCAUUAACCAAAAUCUGAUCGAAACGAGCUGCACUGUUAUGGAUCUCAAGAACGUGGGUAUCGGUCAAUUUUGGAAGGUGUCUUCCUAUGUUCAGCAGGCCAGCAAGAUCGGUCAGUAUUAUUACCCAGAAACUAUGGGUCGCUUCUACAUCAUCAAUGCUCCGUAUAUCUUCACAACAGUUUGGACUGUCGUGAAGGCCUGGCUUGAUCCAGUGACGCGUGAGAAAAUCCAAAUUUUAGGCUCCAACUACAUUGGUGAGCUGGCCAAACAGAUUCCUAUGGAAAAUAUCCCAUCCCUGAUUGGUGGCAAAUGUCAGUGCCAGGGUGGCUGUAUGAUGUCGGAUGCGGGUCCAUGGAACACGCCUGAGGGCGAAGAAAUUAUCCGUACUCGUAAUGAGGAGAAACGGAAGAUCAAGAACGAGUACUUAGGAAUGGGUGGAAAGGAGCCACCUGCUCGUGUGGAAGCUGCUUCCCAUGACCAAUCCAGUACUGCCUUGGCCAGUGUGAAUGAGUCAAAAGAUGCUAAGGAGCAGAAAGAGUCGAACAACCAAGCAGAGGACCAUGCACCUAUGGUAUCAGCUUCUGCCGCGUUGUCCAAGAAGAAAGUCUCCAACAGUAAUGGCGUUGAUGAAUCCUCAGAGUCUAAGAAGCAGGAAGAUGAUGCUCAAUCAACGAAGCAGGCCAACAGCUCGGGUGAGAUCGCCUCACACGACAUUUUGAACGAGUCUGUUGCCACGGCCCGUAUCUCCAGCAAAGACUCAGAACCUCAUGCUGCGCCGUCUCUUAGUGAACCGGGAUCCGAUGGGCUUGCGCCACCUACUACUGCCCAGCCGCUCUCUAAUGCGAUAGCAUCUACUAAGCACUAG